ACGUGUCCCACUGUCGGCCGCUGGGUUCAUUCGCACGUGUGUGGUGAUGGCAUACGACGGCCCAUACCAAUUGGAUCAUAGGCCCAAUUCAAAGCCCGACCCGGAUUUGGAUGAAAAAUGGUGCUGGAAGAGAAACAAACACAAUCGAGCAACUUUGGGUGAUACACUGUUGAAGAGUUUUUCACAAGCCCAAAGAUAGUUUAAUUCAGUCCCAGGGGUGUUGAAGAUGAUGCCCAGAGCGACUUGUUAUUAUUCUUAUUGCUGCAGCACAAGAGGUAUGCCAGUUCUUCACUCUACUCCUCUUGUUGCUUUGUUUCAUUCUCAACUCUCAAACCAAAACAAAUCUAGACAAACCCAGCCCAGAGUGAGUAAUGUUGAGCAUGCCUUGAAGGUGUUCGAUGAAAUGCUUCACUCGCGUCCCCUGCCUGCUGCUAUCCGCUUCACUCAGAUCUUGACUCAACUUGCUAGACUGAAACAUUAUUCGGUAGUCAUCUCUUUGAAUAGAGAAAUGAGUCUGCUAGGAAUCGCUUCUAAUGUUUAUACUCUAACCAUUAUCAUCAAUUGCUACUGUCAUUUGAACCAAAUGGGGUAUGCCCUGUCUGUCUUGGGCCAAUUCUUCAAAUCGGGACUUCAACCAGAUGUUGCAACCUUCACCACUCUAAUCCACGGCUUUGUUCUCCAAAAUAGAAUGGCUGACGCAGCAAGACUUUUCAGCAAAAUGGUGGGGCGAGGUCAUUGUCAGCCCAAUGUGGUUACUUUCAACACACUAAUAAAGGGCUUUUGCGUGAUGGGAAACAACAGUGCAGCUAUUCAGUUACUUGGGAAGAUGGAAGAAAGAGGAUGCAAGCCUGACAUAGUUUCCUAUAACACCGUCAUCGACAGUCACUGUAAGGAUACACUAGUUGAUGAAGCAUUGAACCUUUUCACAGAAAUGAUUACCAGAGGUAUUGCUCCAGACGUUGUUACUUACACCUCUUUGAUUCAAGGAGUCUGCAAUAUAGGCCAGUGGAAAGAAGCUACAAGGUUGUUGAAUGAAAUGGUGUGUCAAGGUAUCUUUCCGAAUGUAUGCACCUUCAGUAUCUUGGUUGAUGCACUGUGCAAGGAGGGGAUGGUCGCGGAAGCCAAAAUUGUGGUUGACAUGAUGAUUCAAAGACAUAUUGAACCUGACGCGAUUACAUACAGUUCCCUUAUGGAUGGUUACUGCUUGCGAGGAGAAAUGGACGAGGCAAAACAAGUUUUUGAUCUAAUGGUUAGCAAGGGAUCCAUGGUUAAUGUUCGAUGUUGUAACAUAUUGAUCAACGGAUAUUGCAAGGGUAAAAAGAUCCAUGAGGCUAAAAAAGUUUUCGAUGAAAUGCAUAUUAUGGGACUUGUUCCCAAUACCAUUACUUAUAACACUCUUAUUGAUGGUUUUUGUAAAGCGGGAAGACUACAAGAAGCAGAAUACAACCAACAACUUCCUAAGGCAAUAGAAUUGCUUAGAGAGAUGAAAGAUAAGAAGUUGGAACUAAAUAUUGUAGUUUACACUAUCAUCAUUGAAGGAUUGUUGAAAGCUGGGAAAAUUGAAUCUGCAAUAGAGGUCUUCUCUGGUUUGUCAUCAAAUGUUGUUCAGCCUGAUGUAUGGACAUACAGUAUAAUGAUUAAGGGACUUUGUAAUGGUGGCCUCUUAGUUGAAGCAGAACAGUUGUUUAGAGAAAUGGGAGAGAAAGGCUGUUCUGCUGAUGGCGGUACCUAUAACACAAUUAUCCGGGGGUUUAUCAAUAAUAAUGAGGCAUCAAGGGCUAUGGGACUUGUUCAAGAAAUGGUUGAGAGGGGUUUCUCUGCAGAUGCAUCAACUGUGGAAUUGAUAGUUAAUUUAUUGUCCAAGGAUAGACUCAGCUCUCACUUCAGCUCAGUCCAUUCCAAACCCCAAUUGAGUGUCUCCAGCUCACUCCACAACGCUGCCGCAACCGCAACGGAUUCGACCUCGCUCAAGCACGAGGUCGAAGUCGAGGAGUUUCUGAAUGACGGAUUUGCCCCCGUCCUAGAAGAAGAGGCGUUGCCGGCGGGUCUGCGGCGGGAGGCGAUGCCGAGGCACGUGGCGGUUAUCAUGGACGGGAACGUGAGGUGGGCCAGGCGGAGAGGGCUGCCGUCCCGGUCGGGUCACGAGGCGGGUGCCCGGGCGUUGAGGGAGCUCGUUGACUUGAGCCGGAAAUGGGGGAUUCGGGUUCUCACCGUCUUCGCGUUUUCGUGUGAUAACUGGGUUCGCCCAAAGAUGGAGGUUGGUUUUUUGAUGAGUUUGUUUGAGGGGGUGAUCAAGUCAGAGAUCAACAGUCUUGCAAGGGAAGGCAUUCGAAUAUCAGUCAUUGGGGAUUCGUCAAAGCUCCCCGAUUCUUUACAGAAACUGAUAAGUGAAGCAGAGGAGAAAACAAAAGACAACUUUAGACUCCAACUUAUUGUGGCAGUGAACUACAGUGGGAAAUAUGAUGUAGUGCAAGCAUGCAAAAGCAUAUCUCAGAAGGUAAAAGACGGCCUCAUUCAAGUUGAAGAUAUCAAUGAAAGCGUCAUCGAGCAGGAACUGGAAACUAAUUGUACUGAGUUUCCCUACCCUGAUCUACUCAUCCGAACCAGUGGCGAACUUAGAGUCAGUAACUUCAUGUUAUGGCAGUUGGCCUACACAGAACUUUUAUUCGUACCAGCUCUUUGGCCUGAUUUUGGGAAGGCCGAGUUUGCGGAGGCCUUGAUUUCAUUUCAGCAAAGGCAGAGACGUUAUGAGAUGCCGAAGAUUAUUCCGACAUGUGCCUCUUCUUAUUCUCGUUGCAGAACAAGAGGUAUGCCUUUUCUUCACUCUACUCCUCCUCUUGUUGCUUUGUUUCAUUCUCAAUCCCCAAAGCCAACCAAAUCUAGAGAAAUCCAGCUAGGAAAGCCCAGAGUGAGUAAUGUUGAAGAUGCCCUGAAGGUGUUCAAUGAAAUGCUUCACUCGCGUCCUCUGCCUUCUGUUGUCCGUUUCACUCAGAUCUUGGCUCAACUUGCCAAACUGAAACACUAUUCAUCAGUCCUCUCUUUGAAUAGACAAAUGGGUCUCAUCGGAAUUGCUUCUGAUACUUAUACUCUAACCAUUGUCAUCAAUUGCUAUUGCCAUUUGAAUCAAAUGGGGUGUAGUUUGUCUGUCUUGGGCCAAUUCUUCAAAUCGGGUCUUCAACCAAAUGUUCCAACCUUCAACACUCUGAUCAACGGUUUUGUUCUCCAAAAUAGAGUGGCUGACGCAGCAAGACUUUUCAGCAAAAUGGUGGGGGGAGGUCAUUGUCAGCCCGAUGUGUUUACUUUCAACACACUAAUAAAGGGCUUUUGCAGGAUUGGAAACAACAGUGCAGCUAUUCAGUUACUUGGGAAGAUGGAAGAGAGAGGAUGCGAGCCUGACAUAUUUACCUUUAACACCAUUAUCGACAAUCAUUGUAAGGAUACACUAGUUGAUCAAGCAUUGGACCUCUUCACAGAAAUGAUUGGUAGAGGUAUUGCUCCAGACGUUGUCACUUACAACUCUUUGAUUCAAGGAGUCUGCAAACUAGGCCAGUGGAAAGAAGCUACAAGGUUGUUGAGUGAAAUGGUGAGUCAAGGUAUAUUUCCAGAUGUCUUCACCUUUAAUGUCUUGGUUGACGCACUUUGUAAGGAGGGGAUGGUCGUGGAAGCCAAAAGUGUGGUUGAGAUGAUGAUUCAAAGAGGAAUUGAACCUAACACGAUUACAUAUGGUUCCCUCAUGGACGGUUACUGUUUGCAAGGAGAGAUGGACAAGGCGAAACAAGUUUUUGAUCUAACGGUUAGCAAGGGCUCCAUGGUUAAUGUUCAGUGUUGUAACAUAUUGAUAAACGGAUAUUGCAAGGGUAAAAAGAUCGGUAAGGCUUACUUGAUUUUCAAGGAAAUGCGUCAUAUGAAACUUGUUCCUGAUACCAUUACUUAUACUACUCUUAUUGAUGGUUUUUGUAAAGUGGGGAGAAUACAAGAAGCAGAAAAGCUGUUCUCUCAGAUGCAAGGUUGUGGCCAACAUCCAAAUAUUCAAACUUAUGCUGUUUUACUUGAUGCCCUAUGUAGCAACCAGCAACUUUCUAAGGCAAUAGAAUUGCUUAGAGGGAUGAAGGACAAGAAGCUGGAACUGAAUAUUGUAAUUUACAGUAUUAUUAUUGAAGGUUUGUGCAAAGCUGGGAAAAUGGAUUCCGCCAUAGAGGUCUUCUCUGGUUUGUCAUUGAAAGGAGUACAACCUAAUGUGAGGACAUACAAUAUAAUGAUUCAUGGAUUUUGUAAAGCGGGCUUAUUAAAUGAGGCAGAUAAGUUGCUGAGAGAAAUGGGAGAGAAAGGCUGCUCUCCAGAUGGUUGGACCUAUAACAUCAUUAUCCGAGGGUUGUUAAAUAACAAUGACGCAUCAAGGGCUAUGAGACUUAUUCAAGAAAUGGUAGAGUCAGGUUUCUCUGCAGAUGCAUCGACUAUGGAAUUGAUAGCUGGUUUAUUGUCUAAAGAUAUAGUAGAUCCAGCUUUGUUGCCAUUGUUAAACAAAACAUUAUAAAGUUAAUUUGAGUAUUAGAACCUUAAAAGGUAAUUUGAAGCUGAUGUACCUUUGGCAACCUUUGAUGUGUUUUAUAUGUAUAUAUAUACCUCCAUGCUCCAUCAUUUAAAAACACAAUGUCAUUUCCUAUUUGUGAUCCA